GCGCUUUGACUUCGGCGCGCAAACACGCGUCAUCGCGUCUGCGUUGCGUCAUCAUCGCGUUUGCGUUGACGUCGCACUGUUUGGUUUGUUUCCCAAGAUGGCGAUGCACCUGUCUCCUCCGUGGUAAUCCUGCUUUCUCUGCGAUUGAAGUCAACAACCGCGGGGCAUCCGUGGCAACAAAUGACAGUAUAUCGUUAGUAGCGACGGAAGAAUAAAAAUCGCUUUUUGCCAAAAUGUCGACCGAGGAAUUGUCAACAUCGGACAGCGAAGGCGCGUCGGCCGGAGCCGGGGAGCGAUGGGCACCGGUCGGUGCUGUGGCCAGCCCCGAGGAGGAGAGUGGGGUCCGGGGCAGCGCUCAGCCCAGAACCCGGGGCUCAUCCUCCGCCUCCGUGGAGGAGACCGCCGCCAGGUUAAAGAAACUAGAAGCGGAGCAAGACCUCCUGAACUCCUCUCUCCUCGCUCUCACGUCCCACUUUGCACAGGUGCAAUUCAGACUGAAGCAAAUAGUUCACGCUCAGACCGACGAGAAGGAGAAGAUGUUGGUCGAGCUUGAGGAGUUCGCCUUCAAGGGGUGCCCCCAUGUCGUGGGGUGCAGGUCGCAGGAUGCGAAGCAUCUGGAGAACUCGAGCGAGAGGGAGAAGCGGGAACGCCUGGAGGCCCAGAGAGAGAAGCAGAAGGAUCUGAUCGUCCAGCUCAAGACCCAGCUAGACGAUCUGGAGCAGUUUGCGUAUCAGGAGGGCAGCUACGACUCACUGCCCCAGUCGGUGGUCAUGGAGAAACAAAAGGUGAUCAUCGACGAGCUGAUCAAGAAGCUGGACGUGAACCUGAACGAGGACGUGGGCAGCCUGACGGCCGAGGAGCUCCGGCAGCGGGUCGACGCGGCCAUCGCUCAGAUCGUCAACCCGGCCCGCGUCAAGGAGCAGCUGGUGGACCAGCUCAAGACCCAGAUCAGGGACCUGGAGAUGUUCAUCAACUUCAUCCAGGACGAGGUGGGGAACCCGCUCCUGUCCGACGGCGUCCAGAGCCAGCAGCCGCACGCCGCCGGCCCCGGGGCGACAGGAGCUAGGAAGAAAGUGGACCCCGCUCAGGCCCAGAGGAUGCGGGAGACGGGCCUGCAGCUGAUCCAGAAGGCCCUGGCCGUGCUGCAGAUCUUUGCCGUCAGCCAGUUCGGCUGCGCGCCGGGCCACGUCGCCCAGAACCUGUGGUCCUCCGGCGGGGCGGGCCAGGAAUACGGGCCCCUGCUGCAGCAGCUGGAGGCCGCCGUGGACAAGGUGCGGCUGCAGGCGUCCCGCAAGCAGCCGUCCUUUGAGCACGUGGUGAACUACGGCAGCCACCCGGCGCCGGGGCCCCGGGACGAGCUGACGUCGUUGGUGAGGAAGGAGCUGUCGUCGGCCCUCAGGGACCUGCUGGCCCACGGCCUCUACGAGCCGUCGCAGGGCAUGAGCCUGGUGCUGGCCCCCAUCUCCUGCCUGCUGCCGCACCGGCCGGGGCCCCAGACCAUGCACCCCUGGGAGCUCUUCGUCGAGUACUACCGCUCCAAGGACGGCAAGGCCUUCGUGGAGUCGCCGGCGCGCCAGCUGUCGCAGUCCUUCAGCCUGCCGGUAGGGGGCGGCGCGGUGACGGUCACGCCCAAGCAGUCGCUGCUGUGGGCCGUCCACACGGUGCUGAAGGAGCACGGGCGCUACAAGCGCGGCGCCGACUCGGAGUUCAAGGCGCUGGUGUGCAUGGCGCUGAACGAGCAGCGGCUGGUGUCCUGGCUCAAUCUGCUGUGCAAGUCGGGCGCGCUGGUGCACCCGCACUACCAGAGCUGGAGCUACAUGGCGCAGACGGGCUUCGAGGGGGCGCUGCGCAUCCUGGGCCGCAUCAGCCACCUCAAGUUCGACCUCCCCGUGGACCUGGCCGUGCGGCAGCUCAAGAACAUCAAGGACGCGUUCUGAGAUCGCCACGGCGACGGAGGAGGAGGCGAAGGCCGCAUGUCCGCGCCAUUCAGACUCGUAGUUGUAUCGUGUUUCGGCUGGACCCCGCCAAAGUAGAGCCUUCCGUCCUGUAGCCUGUACUGCACACCCCCCCGACCUCCAGGCCGGGUCUGUGCAACCCCCCCCCCCCCCUCCGCACCUUGGGUGUUUGGCUCUUGGCAGCUCCGUCUCUGUUCGGACGCAGCCUGUUUUAACCAGCCUGUGCCGGUCUGUAACGUAUGCCUGCAUGGGUUAGUCUAACCGGCGUCUGUGCUCCCGAGUCCUCUUCACAGCUGAUCCAUCAAUACCUGCUUCCCCCCCAUGACGACGACGGCGGCGACGUCCUGGUGUCCAGUCGAUAUCGCUGCUACGCACAUGCCUUAGACAGGACGCCCAGAUAACCUCGUCCUGAGUGAAGCCUUUGUGACCUUUUGUGACCCGUGCUUAUCAUUCCAAUGCCCGUUGGUGCAUGAUUCUAACCCCUGACCUAUGCAACAGAUAUUGUGGUGAAGGUUCGUCAGUGUUGUGAUGGGCGUUAGUGGGAUCGGUGAGCUACAUUCCAUAUACCGACUGGGUGGUUGAAUUACUAUAGCACUAAACAGCACUACUAGAGAACACUACAAGAGAGUUAGAUGGAUGCUUGGGGGAAAUUGAUGUUGCACAUUUGUUUCGCAAUAUUGCAUUAUGAAGGAAUUAUUUGCAUGAUUUGACAGCAUUCUGACCUUUACCGAAAAUGGUGCCAGGGAGCCAGCUGCUUCCCCCACACAUGGGGUGUGUGUGUGUGGGUGUGUGUGUGUGUGUGUGUGUGUGUGUGUGUGUGUCUUUUAGAUAUUUAAAUGAUGCUUCAUCAUGAAUUGAAAACCGUAUGAUGAAAAUGGACAACCAUAUAAAAAAACAUAAACAUAUUUAUAAUCGGCAUACAUAUCUAAUGUUUAAAAAAAGGUUUUAUAUAUUGUGAGUUCAACUCUUGAUUUAGUUUUCCUCUACCUGCAGGAGAUGUAAGCUACUGAAUGUAUAAACCAGAGGUGCUGAUAUCCUGACGUUUGUUGAGGAUUUCAUUCAUGGAGGAUUUCAUUCAUGGGGUUGUUGUACUACAGUGUUACCUGGCAACCGAAGGACGCUUGGCUGUUUCUCAGCCCUACGUGUCAAGGUCUCAUUAAUCAAAACGUUUUUUUGUGGUCUCAGUGUUUUAAAAAUGCCUGUAUUAUCAUGUCAGACAAUUUUAAACGCUAGGAAAGAUUUAUCCAUUAACAUAAUUUUACAUUACAUUUUAUGCAUUCCAGGACUAUAAUAGACCUCAUUGAUAAUUUAAAGUUUGUGAAAGCAAACUAUGUUACUCUACAUUUAUAAACAAAUUAAUCAGGAGGCAAUGAACUAACCAUCUUAUUAUCAAAACGGUGUGUAUGGAAGGAUAAUCCACCUAGAGAAGUGUUAUGUGUACGGUUUGCUUUGUGUGAUUCUAUUUGAAAAAGUUACAAAGUCACACUAUUGGUGUUGCAUUUUUACGUUUAAUGUUUUUAAAUAUGAGCUCACAUUUAAUUUAAUGGUUAUUGUAUUGCAAAUGCCGCAAAGUCUAAAUUCUGGAGCUGGAUGCUGUAAUUAUUUCUUUAACGAUUGACAACACUGUCUUAAAGUAGCUACUCAGUGUUCGGUUAUGAAUAAAGGACUUCAGGGUUUCCAUGACGACAUUGGUAAUUCUUAUUUUAUUAAAAUAUAUAUAUAUAUAUAUUGGGAAUUUAUGGAGAUAUAUUUUAUUCAUGUCUAUUUAUAAGCAAAAGUGCUUUGCAAGCUGUUUGUGUUAAACUCCUUCCAUGUAAAUGCUUAUUGAACUAUAAUUUUAGGAUCUGCAACUCUUAAUGAUUGUGCAAUUUGUUCAUUAUUAAAUCCCUUCAAAAACUAAAA